AAACUGCUAGAAAUCAAAUUGUCAAUAAAAAGAAACCAAAACAAAACACGCGUUAAACUCUCUCAUUGAAAAUGGAAAAUCCUAUUGAUAGGGAGGAAUUAAAUUGUGUCAUUGUCAAAGAAGAAUAUCAAAUACAAGAACAUAGUACAAAUGAAGCAGAAAAUGGGUACAACAAAGAUAAUCCUCAAGUUUUGGAACACUUUGAGAUCAUAGAAUUAAUUCCAACUGAUAAACCUAAGUACAAGUGCCUGAUUUGUGGAGAGACAUUCCUGAUAAAAUCAAAAUUUACUUCCCAUAUGACAAAGCAUUCACAGAAAAUGAACUUCCAUUGUGCCCAUUGCCCCAGAGCUUAUGGAUCUAAAGAUGUCCUGAGGGGACACCUGGUGGCAGUUCAUUUUGAAAGUGCCAAAUUGCCCUGCACCCACUGCAACAAGACUUACAAGAAUAUCAAGUCCCUUAGAUCGCAUCUCCGGAAGAUUCGUUGUGGACGUAUUCAUGGCUGUGAUUCCUGCGGAAAGAAAUUUCACCACAGAUACGAUCUAAUGCGUCACAUAGGUCAGCUGCACGACAGUUCACAGAUGCCUAACCAAGGACUAAAAAAGGAACAGGGAAAGCCCUUAGUCUGCCCAUUAUGUGGAGUCUACUUCUGGACAAUCUUCACCUACAAACGGCAUGUUACUGCUCAUAAAAACAUAAAAUCCCUGCAAUGUACCAUUUGUUCCCGGACAUAUACCAAUAUAAGCAAUCUCAACAAACACAUGAUGACCCAUUCAUCCAAGUCCUUUAAAUGCGAAGUCUGUGGCAAGGCUUUUUACUUCAGAGAAAAAUUGCAAAAACAUCAAUCCGUUCACAUGGAUCGCAAUCUACGAUGCUCAUACUGCUUCCGAACAUUCGCUCAUUUGGAUUACCUUAAAUGUCAUCACAAAAAACAACACAAGGGACUAACACUUGAUUUUAAAAAAAUAGAGAAUCCCACGAAUGCAACCUAUGUUCCCAAGAUCGAACCUACUGAACAAUCAUGAUCACAAAAUACAAUUAGAAUUAUUUCAAGAUUUUUUAUUGUCUCUGAAGAAUAAAUAAAGUUAUGACUUGAAUCUGAGAGAAAAAAAA